AUGAACCCGGCCACGGAUGUCGGCAAGCGGGAUCUGCCGCCGGGGGUCCGGUCGCGCAUGACCGAGCUCUACAUCGGGGAGCUGGAGGACCCGGAGGAUCUGGCCUCCCUGGUCCGGGCGUACCUGCAGCCGGCGGCCGCGGCCCCCGGCGAGGGGGCCAUCGUUCGGCUGCUGGUUGAGUGGUUCCUCGGGGUCAAGCGCCUGGCGGCCGGCGGUCAGCUGGCCGACGGCGAGGGCCAGCGUCCGCACUACUCCCUCCGGACAUUGACCCGGGCCUUGGGCUACACGGCGCUGGUGGCGCCGACCUACGGCCUGCGUCGGUCUCUCUAUGAGGGGCUGAGCAUGUCCUUCUUGACGCAGCUGGCGCCCACCUCGCGAAGCAUGUUGCACCGGCAGAUCACCGACCUGGCGGCCGGCAAUGCGGCCAACCUGGAUGCCAUGCUGCGCCGGGCUCCUGGGGUUCCGUCGGGCGGGGCUCCCGGGGAUUUCGAGCUGGUGUCCGGGUUUUGGAUCCGCUGUGGGGCCCAUCCUCGUGGGGAUCCCGGCCACCGGUAUGUCCUGACGUCCAGUGUUCAGACCAAUCUCCGGUCCUUGGCGCGUGUGGUUGUGGCCAACACCUAUCCGGUGCUGAUCCAGGGCCCCACGUCGGCCGGUAAGACCAGUAUGGUGGAGUACCUGGCCGCGCGGACGGGGCACCGGUUUGUGCGCAUCAACAACCAUGAGCACACCGAUUUGCAGGAGUACCUCGGGUCGUAUGUGGCCGAUGACCAGGGGCGCCUGGCCUUCCGUGAGGGUGUCCUGGUGGAGGCCCUGCGCCAUGGGCAUUGGAUUGUGCUGGACGAGUUGAACCUGGCCCCGACCGAUGUGCUGGAGGCUCUGAACCGUCUGCUGGAUGACAAUCGCGAGCUCUACCUGCCGGAGACGCAGGAAACCGUGCGCCCGCAUCCGGACUUCAUGCUCUUCGCCACGCAGAACCCCCCGCGGUUGUAUGGCGGUCGGAAGGUCCUGUCACGGGCCUUCCGCAAUCGGUUCCUGGAGAUCCACUUCGAUGACAUCCCGGUUGGCGAACUCCAGGAGAUCGUGGAAAACCGCUGUGCCAUGCCGCCCUCGCGUGCCGAGCGCCUGGUGGCCGUGUACCGCGACCUGCAGGAGCGCCGGCAGGCCACCAAUGUCUUUGCCGGUCGUGAUGGGUACAUCACCCUGCGUGAUCUCUUCCGCUGGGGCGGGCGCUUUGCCCAGUAUACCGGGACCGAUGAUCGGCGCCUGGCCGAGGACGGGUACAUGCUGCUGGCGGAGCGCGUGCGCAGCGUCGAGGAGCGUGAGACCGUGCGAGCGGUGGUGGAGAAGCAUGUCCGCGCGCCGGUCGACCUGGCGACGCUCUAUUCGCUGGAGUCGGCCCAGGCCGAGUUCGAUGCGCUGUUUGCGGCGUCGGCCGGCGAGGCGGGCCUGGCCGCCGGUGCUGUGGCCCCGCGUCUGGCCGACUUGUCCCGGUCGGCUGGCGGGUCUUCCGGCGGGGUGGUCUGGACGGCGGCCAUGUGCCGGCUGUUUGUGCUGACUGCCCGUGCGGCUCGUCACCAGGAGCCCGUGCUCCUGGUGGGCGACACUGGCUGUGGCAAGACCACCAUUGUGGAGCUCCUGGCCCGGGCCAUGGGCCAGCAUCUGGAGACGCUCAAUUGCCACGAGCACACCGAGACCGCGGACUUCAUUGGUGGCCUGCGCCCGGUGCGUGACCGGGACCAGGCCCGUCGGGAUUUGGUGGCCCUGCUCCGUGGGGCGGAGUUUGCGGUGGCCGCGGCGGCGACCGAGCGCGCCGCUCUGGCCGAGCUGACCGCGGCUGCACUGGCCGCCGCGGCCGAGGAGGCCUCCGCUGUGGCCGCGGCUGCGGCUGCGGCUGCGGCUGCCGCCGAGACCGCCGGCGCCGAAGAGGGCGCCAGCGCCGAGGAUGUCGCCCAGAUGGACAUCGAGCAGGACAAGCAAUCGGCCUCCGACGACAUGGCCGUCGCUGGUGCCGAGUCGCCGGCCAUUGUCCUGAGCCAGGAGGUCCUGGCGCAGCUGGAGGCCGAGGCACGGCAGGCCGGUCUGGCGGCCGGCCAGCUGGCGGCCGAUGCCCUGAGCUCGGACCUCGGGGCUGGUGCUGCGUUUGCGCGGUUGCAGGCUUUGCUGGCUGGCGCGCCGGAGCUCGGCAGCCACUCGGCCCCGGCCGAGGAGCUGCUCCAGCGCGGUCGCUUCCACCUGGCCCAGGCGUCGGCUCUCUUUGCCUGGUACGAUGGUGCCCUGGUGAAGUCCAUGCGCGCUGGCCAUGUGUUCCUGAUGGAUGAGAUUUCUCUGGCCGAUGAUUCGGUCCUGGAGCGGAUCAACUCCGUCCUGGAGCCCGGCCGGACGCUGGUGAUCGCCGAGAAGCCGGCCGGCUCGGCCGAUGGCGAUGCCACGGUGGAGCAGGCCCUCGCGAUGGCGGCGGCCGCGGCCAAGACCAUGGCCACCGGUGGCCCGGUGGACAUCGCCGCCGAGACCCUGGUGGCCACCCGGCGCUUCAGCUUCAUGGCCACCAUGAACCCGGGUGGCGACCAUGGCAAGAAGGAACUGUCGCCGGCCCUGCGCAAUCGCUUCACCGAGGUGUGGGUGCCGGCGGUGACGGAUCCGGCGGACCUGCGCAUGAUCGCGGCGGACCGCCUGCCGGCCGAGCUGGCCCCCUUCGCCGGGCCGAUGGUGGCCUUUUGCGAGUGGUUCCGCGGGCACCGGCAGUUGAUGGCCCAUCGGGCGGUGUCGCUGCGUGACCUGCUCGCGUGGGCCGGGUUCCUGUGCCAUUGCACCCAGGCGCUGGGGCUGCCGGCGGCCGUGGGCUUUGUCCAGGGCUGUCAGCUGGUCUUCCUGGAUGCCCUGUCGCCGGAUGCCGUGGCCGAGGCUCAUCGGUUCCUCCUGCCGCUGAUGCAGGAGGCCGACCUGCUGCCGGUGGCCCUUUCCACGGCCGACGGUCGGGAGGUCACCUCGGCGGCCGAGGUGUACGGGUGCUUGGCUGCGGCUCAGGCCGGGCCGGCCGGCAUCGGCCUCAGCCCGGAUGCCAAGCGCUAUGGCGCCGAGCCCUUCUGGAUCCCGGUGGGCCCGGUGGCCCCGCUGGCCGUGGGCCCGACCCAUGGGGCGGCUAGCCCGCCGGACAUGGAUGCCCAUCGCCGACGCCAGCAGCUGUCGCUGGAUGUGCCCACCACGCGGUCCAACCUGCUGCGUCUCCUUCGUGCCCUGCAGCUGGCCAAGCCCAUCCUGCUGGAGGGGCCGCCCGGGGUCGGCAAGACGACCCUGGUCCAGGCGCUGGCCGAGGAGUCCGGCCACCCGCUGCUCCGGAUUAACCUCAGCGAGCAGACCGACUUGGCGGAUCUCUUCGGGUCGGAUUUGCCGGUGGAAUCGGACGCCGACCUCGGGGCCGAGGGGGGCGGCUCCUCUUGCGCCAAUGGCGGCGGUCGGACCGACGCGGCCGAUGUCCGCUUUGCCUGGCGCGAUGGGCCGCUCCUGGCGGCCAUCAAGGCCGGCCAGUGGGUUCUCCUGGACGAGCUGAACCUGGCCUCGCAGUCGGUGCUCGAGGGGCUGAAUGCCUGUCUCGACCACCGGGGGGAGAUCUUCCUGCCGGAGUUGAACCGGUCGUUCGCCAUUUCGCGCGACUCGCGCAUCUUUGCCGCUCAGAAUCCCGUGCGUCAGGGCGGCGGCCGGAAGGGCCUCCCCCGGUCCUUCCUCAACCGCUUCACCGAGGUCCAUGUGGAGGCCUUCACCGAUGCCGACCUGCUGGCCGUGUGUGCGGCCCUCUAUCCGGAUGUCGGGGAGCCCCUGCGCCGGCGCAUGGUCCGGUUCAAUGCCCGCGUCCAUGAGCUGGUGGCCCCUCAGGGUCCCUUCGCUCGGGCCGGCGCCCCGUGGGAGGUGAACCUGCGUGAUGUGCUCCGGUGGUUGAGUUUGGUCCGCGCGGCUGGGGCCGAUCGGGGCGCCGAUCCGGCCGACUUCGUGGACAUGCUGUACUUGCAGCGGCUGCGCACGGCCGAGGACCGGCUGGUCAUUGCCCGGGCCUUUGCCGAGGUGUUCUACCCGGCGGACCUGGCCGCCGGCCGGGCCGUGGUCCAGUGGCUGAUGGGCCGGCGGCCGCGCGUGGAUGUGUCCGCCCGGCAGGUGACCGUCGGUCGGGCGGCCAUCGCGCGCGAUGUCCUCAAUGCCCAUGGCGGGGCCCGGGCCAAUGCCCUGGGUCUCGCCGGGCCGGGGACCAGCGGCGAUGGGGCUCCCCUGCUGUUGGGCCGCCAUGCGCGCGCCCUCGAGUCCAUGCUCUUCUCCCUGGACAUGGGGUGGAUGGUGCUGCUGACCGGGCCCACUGCCUCCGGCAAGACGUGGCUGGUCCGGUCGGCCGCGGCCCUGGCCAAUCGCCGGCUGUUCGAAUUUUCGAUGACCAGCAGCGUGGACACCACCGAGCUGCUGGGUGGCUUCGAGCAGGUGGACCUGGAGCGCGAGCGCCAGGCCGUGGCCGGGGACCUCCGGGUCCUGGUCCAGGCGGCGGCCGAGCACUUCCUGCUGCGUGGCGAUGCGGCCCCCGUGGUGCGGGCUCUGCUCCAGGGCCAUGCGGCCUACCUGGCGGCCGGCCGGCCGGACCAGGCGGCCGUCGACCUGCUCGGGUCCUUUGCCGAGCUGGCCGAGGGGUUGCUGGUUGCCCCGGCGUCGGAUGCCGUGCUGGCCGGGUUCCUGGCCACCGCGCGUCAGCUUCUGGCCCGGCUGGCCACGGUCCAGCGCCUGUCUCAGGUGUCUUUGACCGGGCGCUUUGAGUGGGUGGAUGGCGUGCUCCUGCGGGCCAUCGAGCAUGGCGGGUGGGUUCUCAUUGACAAUGUGAACUUCUGCUCGGCCUCGGUGCUGGAUCGGCUGAAUCCGCUGCUGGAGCCGGGCGGUGUCAUGGCCGUCACCGAGCAUGGUGUGGUCGAUGGCGGGGUGCGGACCAUCCGCCCGCACCCGGACUUCCGCCUGAUCCUGGCCAUGGACCCGCGACAUGGGGAAAUCUCGCGCGCCAUGCGCAACCGCGGUGUGGAGAUUGCCCUGCUGGAUGAUGACAAUGACCUGCUGGAGUUGACCCUGGCCGGGGAGAGCAUUGUGACGGGGGCCUCCCCCGAGGCCGAGUGUGCUUCGGCCAUCGGCGGGGCGGGCACCCUGCCGGCCGGUGGGGCUGCCCUGCGCCAUGGCGCCGGGGGCAUUGCCUCGGCCCCGGCGCUGGCCCUCCAGCGGGAGGAUUGCCUGCGUGUGGUGGCGGCCGGCGGCGUGGCCGACCCGUGCCUGGCCGGGGCCCUGGUGGACUUCCACCGCCGGGCCCGGGCGGCGAUCCUCGAGUCCGGGCGCUAUGGCCGGGCCGCUUGGCCGAACCUGCGUGAUCUCGGCACCCUGGCUCGCUUUGCGCGUGCCCUGUUGCUGCGUGGGUGGCCGGCACCGCGGGCCGCGCGUGCCGGGCUGGCCCUCGUGUAUGGUCGCUUCGGUCGGGCCCUGCUGACGGAUGCCGAGUCUUCGCUGCUGGCCGCGCUCGGGGCGACGGCGGCUACGGCGGCCGGUGCCCUGCCGCCGCCGGUGGCGGCUCCGCUGGGGGCUCUGGCCCGGCUCCAGGCUUCGGCCCAGCCGAGCUUGGCCCUGCUCCGGGAUGAUGCGCUCCUGGGCGGGUUUGUCCGGCUGGCGCACCAGGUCCUGGCCUUCGCCGGCCGGGCGGCUCCCCUGUCGGAGGGGGCGGUCGAGGCGGACCUGCUGCCGCUGCUGCGGCGCUUCCUGCGGGAGGUGUCGCCGGCUGCCUGGGCCCUGGCCGGGCGGUGGCUGGAGCUCCUCCGCGGGCGCCUUGCCCAGCUGGCCGAUGUCGACACCCGGUGCGCCGAGGUGGAUGUGGCACUGGCCGGCGCGGCGGCGGCCCUGCGCCUGCGCCAGCAGGUGUGCAUGAGCCUGCCCCCGGGGCAGCGCCAAUCCGGCGCCCCGAUCGAUCUGGCCUGCUUCCCGGAGGCCAGCUUUGCCAGUGUGGCCGCGGCGUCGGCCCUGGGCCGGGGCGACGAGCAGGCCGACGAGCAGGCGGCCCUGGCCUUGGCGGCCCUGACCACGACGGCCGCCGGGCCCGGGGAGGAGGCCCUCCGCCGGCAGGUGGCCGGUGGCCUGGCCCUGACCCCGGUGCUGGCCGGCCAGCUGUCGGCCCUCGAUGAGUUUGCCCUGCUGGGCGAGCGCAUCGCGGCGCAGGUGGCCGCCGUGGCCGCCACCGGCCCCGGGGCCCGGUCCUCGGCGCUGCAAGUGUCGGCGGCCCUGUUCCAUGCGCAGAUUGACCGGGCCACGGCGUCGGCCCUGCUCCGGCCGAGCGUCGUCACCAUGGCCGGCGGCGAGGCCGCCGGGUCCGGCGACUCGCAGCCGUCGACCGGCUGCUCGGCGGCCGCCCUCUCGGUCCCGAGCUUGGCCUGUCUCUUCCCCCUGGUGUCCGGGGUGAUGGAGUGGCUGCUGCGCACGGCGGUGGCCAGUGGCGACUUGUCGCCGCUGACCGGCGAGCCGGCCGACGUGCCGGACUCGGCCCGGGCUUCCAUGCGCCUGCUGUCGGGCGCCGUGCGGCCGGUCCUCUCCGGGGCCGGCUGGUCGUGGACCGUCUUCGCGGACUUCGCGCGCUUCCUGCUGGACUCGCGCUGCUCCGGCGGCGUGUCGCUGGAGGCGCUGGUGUUCCUGCUGCGGCCGCUGCGGCCGGCGGUGGAGCAUCUGCUCUCGGCCCAGGGGGGGGCCUUGCCGACCGGGGCGGACCCGGCGGCCGGUGCCAUGCGCCAGCAGGCCACCGCCGCCCUGGGCCAGCUGCUGGAAACCGUGCCGGUCUUCGCCCUGGAGUGCUGGGGCCCGCUCUACCGGGAGGGCCUGCGCCCGGCGACCUUCGCCGAUGUCGGGCUCGCGCGGCUGGCCGACCGGCUGGCCCUCGCGGCCAGCCGGCUGGACAUCUUCAGUGGCCGGUCGGUCGGGUCGCACAUGGGUGCCCAGGCGGCGGCGGCCGCCGGGCCGGGCCUGGCCCUGGACCAAAACACCCCCUGGUGGUUUGCCUUCCUGCGCGUGCACCGCCAUGUGGAUGCCCUGCUGAGGCUGGAUGCCUUGGAUGCGGCCAGUGCCGAUCCGGCCGACAUGGCCCCGAUGGCGGUGGAGGACCAGCCCCCGGCCCCCGGGCCCGGGGCCCGGUCCGGCGACCACAGCGACGGCGAUGACAAUGCCUUCCGGCCGGAUGCCUUCCGGGCAUCGCUUGUCCUGUCGGAGGCGGACUCGCGCAUUCGCCGGGCUCGCCGGGUGUCUGCCACCCAGCGGUCGGCCUGGCUGCGGGACCUGUAUGCCGAUGUGUCGGAGGGCCUGGCCACGGUGCUCAUCCUCAAUGGGCAGCCGCUGGCCGGGCCGGCGGCCUCCCUGGCCGACGCCAUGGUCACCCUGGCCGACUCGGUGGACGAGCGCCUGGCUCGGCUGCAUGCGGCUCCGGCCGAGCUGGCCGGGCGUCUGCGCACCCGGCACCUGCUGUCCUCGGCGGAAUUGCUGCCGGACUCGGUGGACACCGAGGUGGUGGAGGCCAUGCUCUCCGAGAGCCCGGUCUACCUGCCGAAGGAUGCCCUCGAUGCCCGGGUGCAGCUGCCAUUCAUGCCGCUGUCGGAUGUCGGCCUGCUGACUUGCGAGUUGGCCAUCGUGUCGCUGGGCUUCCGGCUGGCCGGCGACCUGGCCCUGCUGCCGGGGCUCGAUUCGGAGGCCGCUGCCCUUGAGCUCCGCGCCCUGGAGGCCCGGCGCCUGGCCCUGGUGGAGGUGGUCGGCCGGCUUCGCGGGCUGGAGGCCGCGGCCGGCGGGUCUACCGGGUCCUCCCGGUCGCCGGCUGAUGCGGUCACUUCGCAGCGUUUCCUCUGGCUGCUGGAUUUGGCCCCGCUGGCCGGCGAGGGGGGUGCCCCGCUGGCGGCUGGCCGGUCGCGCGCGGCACACCUGCUGUCCGAGCUGCUGGGCCUGCUGCCGAGCCUGCUGGCUGGCUGGGCCUCGCGGGCGUAUGCCAGCGCCGGGUCGCUCGGCCUGCCGCGGGACCUGUCCUCGGUGGCCGGCCCCGAUGGCCUGGGGCCCCUGCUGCUGGAGGGCGGAAGCACUUUGGGCUCCGGCUCCGGCCCCGGCUCCGGGGCAAUGGACCUGGCGGAUGACAGUGACCAGCGUGCGGCGGCGGCCCUGGAGGCCAUGGCCGCCACGGCCGGCUCGAUGGCCGGGCAAACCGGCCUGCUUGGUCAGUCGCACGGCCUGGCCGCGCUGCUGAGCUCGGCCUCCACCACGGCCGCCCUGUCCAUCAAUGCCUCGCUCGAGGACACCGGCAUCCAUGAGGCCCCCUCGCGGGUGGCCCAGCUGGCCCGCCUGCGGGAGUUCUUCGCCCGGCAGCGGCCCCCCACGGCCGGGCAGGUGCAGCAGGUGGUUGUUGCCCUGCUGGCCGGGCUGGUGCGCCUGGCCCGGGUCCUCAGUGACCGGCACCAUGCGGCCACCGGGACCCGGCCCGGGGCCGGGGCCGGUGCCUUCGAUCCGGCCCGCCUGGAUGCCCUGGACGCGGCGCUGGCCGAGGCGGCAGCCCGGCCGCUGGCCCCGACGGACUCGGUUGAUGCCGGGGCCACGGCCACGGCCAUUGCCCUGGCCGAGGCGGUGCGGCUGAUGGCCGCCGGGCUGGUGGACGCCGGGUCGGCCCUGGCCCGGUCGUAUGUCCUGCCGUUGGCGGUGGACCCGGCCAGCGCCUCGGAGCUGGCCCUGGCCCGGGCGUCGGACGCCCUGGCCGGGGUCCAGGCCGCCGACCGGGUCCGGCAGUCCUUCGAUGCCGGGCUGUCGGGCAGUUCGCCGGAACUCCCGAGCCCGGCUGGCCGGCUGGCCGCUCGAGCGGCUCGGCUGCUCGGGGCCGAGAUCGCCCGGCUGGAGCGCCUGCGCGUGGUGCGCCCCGGCCGGUCGCAAGUGGCUGCCCUCACGGCCGAGACCGAUCGCCUGGCCGGUGCGCUGGACCAGGCGCUGGCCUGUGUGGCCGGCGGGUCCGGCGAUCCGGCCACCGCUCGGCGCCUGGCCGCCAAUUUGGUGGUCUUCGCCGGGCGCCUGGGCUCGCGCUUUGCCGGCUACCGGGACCUGGUGGAGCCGAUCAUGGCCGGUGCCCUGUUGGCGGCUCAUGGCCUGGUGGCCGGGAACUUUGCCCGGGCUCUGGCGGCCCCGCGUGCCAUCGGGCGCUUUGGCGCCUCGCGGUGGCUCCUCUCGCUGCCGGCCAUGCCGGCGGCGUCGACCAAUGCCGUGCGGCUGCUGCUGCUGCUGGAUGCCGACCUGUCGGAGGCCGGCGUGGCGGCGGUCUCGGCCGCGGAGCUGGCCCGCCGUGCCCAGGCGGUCUUCUCCCGGGCCGGGUCGCGCUCCGGCACGCCGCAGCACAAGCGCAUCGCCGAUCGGGCGGUGGUCCUGCUGCAGCGCCUGUACACGGACAUCGUGGAUGCCGGGCUGCUGCUGACGCCGGAGCGCUUCGCCACCCUCGAGGCCCUGCUCGACGUGCUGGCCGGGUGCUGGAAUGCCGAGGAGCAGCGCCGCCUGGAGCAGGAGGCCCUCGACGCGGCGGCCUUCCGCUACCGCGCGCAGGACCACCAGUACGCCACGGACGCCGAGGAGGAGGCGGCCCACCUGCACCGGCACUUCCCCUCCUUCUCGGCCGAUGUGGCCGACAUGAUGGCCGGCCUGGCCGGGGCGGAUGAGUAUGCGGCGGCCGCGGUGGCCGCUGGCGCCGCUGCCGGCGCCGCUGCCGACUCCGCCGCCCCGGCCAAGGCCACGGCCCCGGGCCGGGGGGUGACCUUCGCCCUGACCGUGCAGCAGCAGCGCCUCAUCCGGGCCAUCUACAGCGCGGUGUUCGGCUUCGCGGCCACCGGGCUGCCGGCCACCGGGGCGGUUCUCCAGCAGGGAGCCGCGGCGGCGGCCGAGCGCGGCGUCGCCCUGCGCGCCUCGUACGACCUGGCCCGCACCGUGCUGCUGGAAGACUCGCUGGCUUCGGCCGACCGGACGGCCAUGGCCGACCCCGGGGCCGAGGAUGGGGCCUUUGCCGCGGCCCUGCCGCGUGACCUGGACGCCCUGGCUCGGCCGGCCCACCUGCUGGUGGCCGCCGAGCAUCUGGCCCAGCUGGAAAGCAGUCGCAGUGUCAACACCCCGGCCUUCCGCACGCUCGAUGGGCGCCUGGUCCAGCGGGAGCAGCGCCGUGGCGGGGCCUCCCGCCGGGCGCGGUCGCGCUAUGACCUCCUGCUGAAGGCGGCCUCCAAGGCGGCCGGCACCAGCAGCCCCGACUCGGGCCCCCUCAUCAAGGACACCAGCCUGUCGGGCGAGGAGGCCGCGGAGUUCGAGCAUCUGGCGGAUUUGCUGAUCACCGGGCGGACGUCGCCCACCGGGGCCGGCGUGCCGCCGGCCCUGCGCCUGUUGGCGUACUACGACCCGGCCGGCGUGGCGGCCUCGGCCGCGGCCAGUGCCGAUCAGGCAGCCGCCGGCGUGGCCCCGAGCGCCACGCUCUCGCACACGGCCCUGGAGGUGGCGGACUCGCUGCAAUGGCGCCCGCUCCUGCCGCAGGUCACCUGUGCCAGCCAGUUUGGCGGGUACUACGACUUCUACCAUGACGCCAAUGUGUCGGAGACGCGCCGGGCCUUCCGCGGGCUGUCGCAGCUGCGCGCCCGGCUGGCCUUCCUGCUGAGCCUCUGGCCCGGGGACCAGGAGCUGGCCGAGGUGGAUGCGGCGGCCGAGCGCGUCCUGCGCCUGCCGAUUGCGGCCCCCCUGGCCCGGGUUCUUGCCGGGCUGGAGUUCGUCCUCGAGCGUGCCGAGCCCUGGGAGCGGCGCAACCUGCGCGGGCGCUUCGCCAUCGGCGACACCUACCGGGCGCUGGUGAAGCUGGUGGUCCGCUGGCGCCAGCUGGAGAUCACCUGCUGGCCGCACCUGUUCGCCGCACGGGAGGUCAUCCAUGCCGAUGACCUGAGCCGCAUGUGGUUCCACCUGAACAACUUGCUGCUGGCCACGCCGGUGGAGGUGGCGGACUUCGAUGCCGGCCGGGUGGGGUGGCUGAAUCUGGCCGGGCCCCUGGCCGAGCGGCUGCAAGCCAUCAAGGAGUUCCUGGCCCUCUGCCGAAUGGGCCAAUUCGAGGCGCGCCUGCGUCUGUUGGCCUCCUUCGCCGGGCAUCUGCAAUACUCGGUGGGCUUGGCUCCGGGCAUGGAGGGAGCCCCGGCCCCGGGGCUGCGGCGCUUCCGCCAGCGCUUGCUGGCCCGCCUGCACAAUGUGCUGGGCUUCUUCGGCCGGUAUCGUGCGGUGGUGCGCGAGGAGCUGGCCCGCGAGCGGGCUGCCCUGGAGGGCCGCGUGCGCGAGGUGGUCAAGCUGGCCCGCUGGCACCAUGCGGAGGAUGUGUCACUCCUGCGCGAGGCCGCCCGCAAGAACCACGCGGUGCUGGCCAAGAUGGUCCGCCAGUUUGGUGCCCUGCUGGAUCGCCCGGUGCGCGAGCACUUCGAGAAGGCCGACGCCGAGCUGCUGACCUCCAGCUCGCGGGCCCGGUCGGCGGCCGCCGGGCUGGUGGCCGCCCGGGCGGCCCGGGCCGAAAAGGCCGCGGCUCGGGCCCAGGCCCGUCUGGCCCGGCGCGCGGUUCGGGCAUUGCAAAUCCGCUCGCGCGAUGCCGCUCGCGAUGUCACUCGGCUGACGGCCGCGGCCCGGGCCUCGCCGGAGGAUGAGCUCCUGCAAGCCGAGCAGGCGGCCGCGGUGGCCCUGUCCAAGCAGGCGGCCGCGGACCUGGACCGCGGUCGCGCCUGCCCGACCACGGCCACGACCCUGGCCACGGAGCUGGGCCUGCCCCUGGCCCCGGCCACCGGCGAGCCGUCCUCCCACCAGUCGGAGGAUGUGGAAGACGCCGCGGUCCUUGCCCUGCCGGCCACCUUGGCCGACAUUUCGGCCGAUCUCCAUGUCCGGCUGUGGGCCGCGGUGGCCGGGGCCCUGGCGCCGGCGCUGCCGGCCUCCGGGGCCGGGGCCGAUCGCCGUGCCCAGCUGGCCGACCCGCCGGCCACUCGGCGCCUGGCCAUGCACCUGCUGACGCUGGAUUCCCUGGCGGCCGGGGCCCUGGACCGGGCGCUGGUCCUGCAACGCGAGUCGGACUCCCGGUCGAAUGUCGCCGAGCACCAUGGGCUCUUCCGCCAGCUGAAGCGCUCCAAGCAGCUGGGCCUGAUUGAGCUGCUCCGGUCGCUGCGCACGCUCGGGGUCCUGCCCCUCGGGGCUGACCGUCGGGCGGAGCAGGCGGCCGAGGGCUUCCUCUUCCGCCAGCCGGUCCCCAUGCUGGACCAGCUGCUGGAGGGCGGCCUCGAUGCCGGGGCCUCCGGCACGGUCGGUGCCCCGGAGGACGGCCACACCGGCGGCCUGCUUUCAUGGACGGCGCAGGACGCCGCCGAGGCCCUGGCCCCGGGGGCCGGGGCUGCCCUCGGUGUCCUGGCCCGGCUCUGGCAGGAUGCCGUGGUGUACUACUUCCGCGGUGCGUCCGGCGUGAUUGCCGUCCGCCGGGCGGCCCAGGCCCCGUGCGAGGAAAUGCGCACUCGGGCCGGGCGCCUGCUGGCCCUGACCGAGGCGCUGUUGCGCCUGGCCACCGAGCAGCGCGCGGCGCUGGCCGCGGCGCAGCCCACCCUGCGUGGUCUGCUUGACUUGUGGCACAAUUUGACCGGGCUGCUUCCGGUUGCCGCCUCGGCCGCCGAGCAGCAGUCCGCCACCGGUGCCAUGCCGGCCGAGUGCCUGGCCGCGGCGGUUCCCCACCCGGUGGCCGCCGCCCGGGCCCAGGCGGCCAAGCACCAGCUUGACCGUGCCGGCCGCACGCUCUCCGAGUGGCAGCGCUUCCUGGCGGAGCUGCGCACGGUCGGCGGCCCGGCCGAGGUGGCGCCGCCGGCUCUGGAGGCCGCGGCCACCCGGGACACCGGGCGCUUUGCGCCGCUGCUGGCCGCCGGCGCCGGCCUGGCCGACCUGUGCCUGGCCGACCGGGUCGCGGCCCUGGCCACCCGCGUGGCCGAGCAGCAGGCCGCCCUGAACCAGCUUUGCCGGGACUUCGGCCUGACGGCCCAUGCCACUGCCGAGUCCCUGCACUCGGCGGGGCUGGUGUCCGGCGUGCGCCUGUCCGCUGCCCUGGGCCCGGUGCAUGGGCUCCUGACCGAGGUGGCUGGCCUGUAUGCCGAGGCUGCCGACACGCUGCCCGGCCUGGGGCCGGAGCUGCGCGACCUGCGCGCCGCCCUGGCCACCACCGCGGCCGAGCCCCCCCAGCAAGACACCUCCCUCUUGGCCGGGGCCGAUGGCAUCCAUCUUGACACCGGCGACGCCGCGCUGGAGGCCGACUUCGCUGCCCUGCUGGCCGAGGCCGCGGCCCUGGCCGAGGGCUGGGCCCGGGAUCCCCUUGCCUGGACCGCUUCGUCGGGCGACGCCCUGAUGGCCGAUGCCGAGGCGGCGGCCCCGGAGCAUGGCGCUCAUGCGGCUGACAACGACGGUGACGAGGACGACGACGCUGACGACAAGGAAGCGGCCGCCCUGCUGGCGGCCCUCUCCGACGACGACGACGACGACGAGGCUACCGAUGGCGAUGCGGCCCUUUCGCAGGAUGCCGCCACCCCCGCGGCGGUGGUGCCCGGCGAGGUGGUGGUGGAUGUGACCGACCAGUCGGCCAUUGCCCUGCAUGCGCACUACCUGGCGGCCUUCCGCCUGGCCGCUGUGCCGCCGGGCUCGGCCGAGGAUGGUGCGGAUGACGACAACACGGAGGACCCGGCAGCCCUGUCGGCUGUGGGGUCCCCCUCGCUGCCGGCGCGCCUGUUGGGCCUGGUGCCGCGCCUGCGCGCGGCCCUGCUCUCGGGCCAGCUGUCGGCCGACCGGGCCGGGGCCAUGCUCGGUGACUUGCACCGGCAGACCGGGGCCCUGACGGCCGCCGGGCUGUCGCUGCUCGGGGACUUUGUGCUCUUCCACCGCGGCACGGCCAAGGCCCUGCUGCUGCUGGGCCGGCUGUUUGCCACGCUGAUUGCCAGCGGCCUGUGUGCCCCGGCCGAGGUGCAAACCGACAACGACGGUGCCGAGGCCGGUGGCGAUGGCGAUGGCCAGUUCAGUGUCGAGGAUGGCACUGGCAUGGCCGACGGCGAGCAGGGCCAGCAGGAUGUGUCCGAGCAAAUCCAAGACGAAUCCCAGGUCGAAGGCCUGAAGGGCGACGAGGAGAAGCAGGACCCGGCCGAGCAGGACCGCGAGUUGGAGGACGAAGAGCAUGGCAUCGAAAUGACCGAGGACUUUGAUGGGCGCCUGCAUGAUGGCCCGGACCGCACCGAGGCCGGGUCCGACAUUGACUCGCAGUCCGAGGAGUCGGACGACGACCAGGACAUGGAAGAUCGCGAGGGCGAGGCCAGCGGUGACAUCGAGAACAUCGAUGAGGAAAAGCAGAACUUCGGCGAGCAGGAGGACGACCGCGAUGUGCGGGAUCUGUCCGACGCCGAGGGCGGCCAGGGCCAGCCCGAGGGCGAGUCCGAGGUGGUCGCCGACGAGUCGGGCCGCGAGCCGGAAAGCAAGGACCGCAAUGAUGAGGACCGCCGCGAGGAUGAGGACCAGCCCCGGCCGGCGCCGGAGGACGAGGCCGAGGAUGACUCGGACCCGGACUCCGAGCCGGAGGACUUCCCCGAAGCCAAGCACUACGAGGACCUGGAGGAUGACAAUGCCCCGCGCGGUGGCGAGCCGGAUCCCGGCCUGGACAACUCCGACGACGAGGCGGCCGGCGAUCCGGACCUGCCGGAUGACCUGAAUCUCGAUGGCGGCGAGCAGCUCGGCGAUGAUGACGAGGACCUGGCCGGUGACGAUGAGUCGGGCCAGCCGCCGGAGCAUGGUGACAAUCCGGAUGACGAUGGCCCGGACGACGAGGCCAUCGACCCGGAGAAGGGCACCGCCGCCGAGGACGACACCCCCAUGGAGCAGGACGACCCGGGCCAGGAUGCCGACAAUGAGGACGACCCUGCCAACAAGCCGGACGGUGCGGCUGGCGGCCCGGAGGAUGAGACCCCCGCUCCGAUGGAGGAGGACGCCGAAGCCGGUGAUGACCAGCCGCAGGAGGAGGAUCUCGACCAGUCGGACAACCAGCCGAAGGGCCGGCCUUCGGAUGCGCAGGACCCGGCGUCGCUGCGUGGCCCGGAGGGUGCCCAGGUUUCCAGCACCGGAGCCGGGGCCGCCGAGGAGGACGACCAGGCCGAGCCCGAGCCCCGGGAUACCCCGCUGUCGGGGGCCCCGCCGGAUGAUGCGCCGCCCGAUGCGGCGCCCCCGAGCGCCAGCCACCAGCAGGACCGCCAUGGCCGGCAGGUGGCUCAGCAGCAGCAGCUGCGCCCGGAGGAGGGCGCCGGCGCGCCGGAUGCCGGGCCCCAGCAGCCGGAUGACGGGUCCCAGCCCCAGCGGCCGGACAUGCCGAACCCGGCCCGGUCACUGGCCGACGCGCUGAACCGCUGGUCCAAGCGCCUGAAUGAGCUGGAGCGGCCGGACCUUGCCCCGCCCGGGGACAAGGAGGCCGAGGUGCCCGACCGCCGGGAGGCCGACGCCGAGCGCCUCGAUCCGGACCUGGCGCCGGAGCUGAUGGAGCACGUUCGCGAUGAUGAGCAGGCCGACACCACGGCCCUCGGCGCGGCGACCGACGAGCAGCUGGCCCAGCAGCGCCAGCAGCAGCCCCCGGCCGCGCCGGAGUCCGAAGAUGGCUCGCCGACGGCCCCGCCGCCGGCCGCCAUGGGCAUCAUCGAUGAUGAGAGCCCCACCGCCCCGGAGGAGGACGCCGCCCACGGCAUGGAGGCCGAGGAUCCGGCCGCCGCCGAGCAGCCGCCCUCCGAGGCCGAGGUGGCCGAUGAGGCGCCGCUCGAGCGCCUGGACCCCUCGGUCCAGGUGGCCUCGCAGCAGCCGCAGCAGCAAUCGUCGCAGUCCGGUGGCGCCGACACGGAUCCCACGUCGACCAACAAUGCGGCCGGGGCCCCGCCCUCGGCCGAUGACGCUGGCCCCGAGGACGGGCAGGACGACGACGCCAUGGACGUGGAUUUGGCCCCGGAGGAGCAGGCCCCGGAGCACCUUGCCGGGCGGCAGACCGCCAUCGGCGGUGAGGAUGCCCCCUCGGGCACUGACUCCGACUCGGGUGACGAUGCCGACCGGAAGAUGGACGACGCCGACACCGAGCACCGGCGUGGCUUGGCCGACGAGUAUAUCCGCCGGCCGGAGACCGCCGAGGAGCUGGAGGCCCUGCGCCUGGAGGUGGACCGGACCCUGGAGGCUUUCCAUGCCGGUGGGGCCGGCGGCCCGGAGGCCGAUGCCGACGCCGCGCGCCGGCUGUGGCUGGAUGUGGCCGCCUGCGUGGCGGACCUGUCGGCCGACCUGACCGAGCAAUUGCGCCUGGUCCUGGAGCCGACGCUGGCCACCAAGCUGCGCGGGGACUACCGCACCGGCAAGCGGCUGAACAUGCGCCGGAUCAUCCCGUACAUCGCGUCGCAGUUCCGCCAGGACAAGAUCUGGCUCCGGCGCACGCGCCCCGCGCGCCGGGCCUACCAGGUGGUCAUUGCGGUGGACGACUCGCAGUCCAUGCGUGAGGCGGGUGCCGCGCGCACCGCCCUCGAGACGGUGGCCCUGCUGGCGGACGCCCUGCAGCGCCUGGAAAUCGCCGGGCUCGGCAUCCUCGGCUUCGGCGAGCAGACCAACAUCCUGCACCAGGGCAUUGCCGGGCUGCUGGGCAGCUCGUCGCAGCCCUUCGGCCCGGAGGCCGGUGCCCAGGUGGUCGGUCGGCUGACCUUCCGCCAGGGCAAGACCUAUGUGGCGUCGCUGCUUGGCCAGCUGCGCGUCAUGCUGGCCGAGGCCCGCGCGGCCCAGGGUGCCAGCGCCGGCGACACCUGGCAGCUGGCUCUCAUCGUGUCCGAUGGUGCCCUGCUGGAUGAUGCCCGGCUGGAGCUGGCCCGCCAUGCGCGCCUGGCCGCCGCCGAGCGCAUCAUGGUUGUCCUGCUGGCCAUCGACCGCCGGGAGCAGUCUCUGUCCGACCUGCGCCAGGUGGAGUAUGUCAAUGGCCGCAUGACCAUGACCCGGUACCUGGAGGACUUCCCCUUCGAGUACUAUGUCCUGGUGCGCGAUGUGGCUCAGCUUCCGUCUGUCCUGGCUGGUGCUCUGCGCCAGUGGUUCGAGCUUGCCAGCAAUUCCGGCGCCUCCUCCUACUCGGCCUGA